AUGAAUGUGACUGAAUAUCCCUACUUUGAGGACUUGUCCCUGCCAUAUAAUUAUGAUUAUAACUAUUUUGAAAAUGACUCUUUUGAAAAUAACUGGUGUCAAAUGGAUGAUCUCUACAGCUUUAGCACUAUGUUUAGCAGCAUCCUGUACUCUCUGAUUCUUGUCUUCAGUCUGCUAGGAAAUAGCCUUGUCUUGUGGAUCCUAGUGAAAUACGAAAACUUAACGUCCUUAACAAAUCUCUUCAUCGUUAAUCUUUGCAUUACUGACUUGGUUUUCUCUUGCACGCUGCCCUUUUGGAUUGUCUACUAUUACUAUGGAUGGAUUCUUGGUGAUUUCCUCUGCAAGACCGUCAGUGCCAUCUUCUCCAUCAGCUACUACUGCGGUAUUAUCUUUCUCACCAUAAUGACAAUCCUCCGAUACCUGUCUGUGGUAGAUCCCUUGUCAACUUUGAGAGCACAAACAAAAAAACGUGGCGUUCUGGUGAGCCUGGCCAUUUGGGCCAUCAGUGUGUUGGUCGUGCUCCCUGAAAUCAUUUUUACCCAAGUAAUAACUGACAACAAUGGCCAACUGCAGUGUGACUACAUAAAUUCCAACUGGAAGCUUGUAGAGCUGUGUCAGCAAAUUGCUUUCUUUCUGUGCUCCUUUUCUACUAUUGCCAUUUGUUACAUCCGGAUGCUUAAGAUCCUGCUGAGAUCAAGAUCUCAAAAGAGGCACAGGACUGUGAGACUCAUAUUUGCAAUAGUGCUAAUCUUUUUCCUGAGCUGGGCACCUUACAAUGUGUUUGGUUUCCUGUAUUUUUCAUCAUACAUGCUUAUCAUCAAACUAAGCUGUGAAUCCAGAAAGCAAGUUUUCUUUGCUUUUGACGUCAGCCGCAAGAUUGCCUUCUGCCACUGUUGUCUCAACCCAGUGCUCUAUGUCUUUGUCGGGGUGAAAUUCAGAAGGCACCUGAAACUCUUGUGCAAGAAGUACCGUUCUUGCCACAGCAGGCUUGAACCUUCCAGCCCAAGGGCUCAUUCUUUUCAUACAGGUCCAUAUGAGGAUGGAUCCAUGUACUGAGGGUAAUGCUGCUGAAUGGAAUAAGUCACCUGAAUUGUACCAGCGGCCUGCAAAA